GGCAGGAGGAGGAGGAGGAGGAGGAAGAGGAGGAGGAGGAGGAGAUGUGCCUGAACCUUGGUGGGGAAGAAUCCACAGGGCUGUGAGCCGUCCAGACAGAAGCAGAGAGAGGACCGUGAGAGCUGUCUCCCUCUCCUCUUCCUCUCCUUCUCUGUCUCUCUGUCUGUCUCUCUGUCUCUGUGUCUCCUGGUCCCCACCCCCUGGCUCUUUGACUCUGGGGUCUCCCCCCACCCCCCUGGCUACCCUCGGACCGCCCCUCUCCACGCUCCAGCGCUGACCCUGUCCACCGGCCGGGAAGGAGGUGGAGGAGGAGGAGGAGGAGGAGGAGGUGGAGGAGGAGGAGGAGGAGGAGGAGGAGGAGGAGGAGGAGGAGGCGCCCAGCCACCAGGAGAGAACAUGUCGGAAGUGCUGCCUUAUAACGAGGAGAAGCUGGGGCCCUAUGGGGACGGGGGAGACGUGGGUCAGAUUUUCACCUGCCGCCUCCAGGACACCAACAACUUCUUUGGGGCGGCGCAGAACAAGAGGCCGCCCAAGCUGGGGCAGAUCGGCCGGAGCAAGAGGGUUGUUAUUGAAGAUGAUAGAAUUGAUGACGUGCUGAAAAAUAUGACAGACAAGUCACCUCCUGGUGUUUAAAUCCCCCAAAGACACUGAGAUGAGGGAGAAAAAAUAAUAAUGAUUACAACGUAACACGUUAUUGGCAAAAAAAAAAAGCACUUUGAAAUCUUCAUUACUAGCCUGCGAUUCACAAUGCAACCAACAACCUGUAUCUUUUAUCAGGCUUGGAGACAGAAGAGGUGUGAGAAGGAUAGCAAGGAAACAUGGCUGUAGGGACCUCUGCAAAAAAAAAAAAGAAAGAAAAAAAGGAAUAAUAUAUAUAUAUAUAUACAUAAUGAAAUAAAAAAGUAUCAGUUGCAGCUAUUUGUCUAAAUUAAUAUCCAUUUCUUUUUAUAUACAGUGAAUAUUGCACAAUUCUAGAUCUGGAUUUCAAACCACUCAAAUAAUGCAGCAGCAACUACACGGUGUUUUGAGACUUUGGCAUUCUUUGCUAAUCUGGCUGUUCCAAAUAAGCACCUUGUUUACAUGAUUUAAUCUUGCAAAAAUGAUUCCGUGCACUUGGAUGUGAAAUGCUGUCCGUUUAAUUUUUUUAUGUUGAUAUCUUUGGAUGUAAAAAAAAAAGACUUAUAUAUAUAGAUAUUCUAUUUCAUUUUAGGCACAUUUUAAGGUAUUGAUGGAAUGUGUGAACCACAAAACUUUUAUAAGGAAUGACACAUAGGAAGAAUUAUUGUUUUAUUUUUAAAUGAAUUGUAAAGCUUGUAUUUCUUUGUUGCUGCAAGCAACCUGCUCAAGUUAAUGCAAAUGGACACAUUUUAUAUGUUAAAAAUAAGCUCAGCUUUUUCUAAUUCCCAUGCAGUCUGUUGUGUGAGCAACCCUGUUUUUUCCCGAUAUUGUGGCAGUUUAUUCUCUUUAAUAGACUGUAAAAAAUGUAAUCACAAGAGUGCCAAAUAUCUUGAAAUGCCAAAAGGCAGUUUGGUUUCUUUUUUUUUUUUGUGCUCUCCGAGUCCAUGUAAAGUAAUGCUUUUGGUCUCUUUUCUGUUAUUUAUAGGGCUCUCUCUUAAGGCAGAACAGCUGCUUAUUUUGCAUGAUAUGUGCAAAAAUGCCUCUUGCGUGAGGAAAUCUUUUACCGUUUUUGUUUGCAACUUUGGAUGACAGACCUCAAGAGGUUUUUUUUUCUCUUCUUUUCUUAAUUCGAUAUUGUGUAUGUUGCACCUUUAACCACUAUACAGGGCUAUUUCUGCAAUGUACAAUAAAAAAACGAUCCAUUCCUGUGUCUAA